AUGUCCACCAAGCAUGUUGGUGAUGUCGACUCACACGAAGUCUCCCAGAUAGCAGAGGAAAUCGAACGCGCCCAGAUCGACCCAUUAAGUUCCCUCGACGGACUUUCCAAGGAGGCUUUACAUGCCUACGCCGACAAUUUCGUAGAUUCGUCCGGCUUGGAUGAGGCCAGAGCCUUCUUCCAUAAGGCAGCCAUUAUCGCACAGAACCCGCAAAGCUACGAAACGCUUGUCGAUAUUAAUACUUUGGAGCGACAGGCUUUGGUCCAAGAACAGAAGAAGAAAUGGAACCAUCCUUGGUCGCUCUGGUUCACCAUUGCUACGUGCUCAGUUGGAGCCGCGGUGCAUGGAUGGGACCAGACCGGUAGUAACGGAGCAAACUUAUCAUUCCCGCAAGAGUUCGGCAUCGGAAGUAACUCAGCUCAUGACAAGUGGAUACUUGGGUUGGUAAACUCAGCACCAACCAUCGCAAUAUUCGUCAUAAGAUGUUGGCUAUCUGACCCUCUCAACAACAUUCUCGGUCGCCGGGGUACAAUCUUCGUGUCGGGUAUCUUCUCCUUCGCCUCAGUUCUCGGCUCCGGCUUCACACAGACCUGGCAACAGCUCCUCCUUUGGGUCGCCGUGGGGAUCUUCCUGGGCUUCACGGCUAACCUCGUGGUGAUGAAUGCCGGUGCCAUCACCUGGAGACUCCAGAUUGGCUCUGCGAUGAUACCGGCGGUGCCGCUCAUCUGCAUGAUUUACCUUUGCCCGGAAAGUCCACGUUGGUACAUGAAGAUGAACCGGCCGGCUGAUGCGUUUGCAUCGCUGCAGCGCUUGCGGUUCACUAAGCUACAGGCUGCUCGUGAUUUGCUACUAAUGCACGUUGCACUAGAGGCGGAAAAGAGCCUGUUUGCACACAGGGGAAGUGCAUUGAAGCGUUUCCAGGAGCUGUUCACAAUUCCCAGAGUACGACGGGCCAAUCUGGCCGCGGCCACGGUCAUGCUAGCCCAGCAAAUGUGUGGCAUCAAUAUCAUAUCAUUCUACUCGUCAUCCAUCUUCGUCGAAUCCGGAUUUUCUGAGCAGAGAGCGUUGUGGGCAUCAUGGGGCUUCGGCCUGGUCAACUUCACAUUCGCAAUUCCUGCGCUGUGGCUUAUCGACAGUUACGGCCGUCGAACCCUCCUGCUCACCACAUUUCCACACAUGGCAUGGACUCUGCUUGCAGCGGGUUUCUGCUUCCUCAUUGGCGGCGACGGCACGGCUCGGCUCGCCCUCAUCGCCCUCUUCAUCUUCUCAUUCACAGCCUUCUACAGCAUUGGCCUCGGCCCCGUUUGCUUCGUCUAUGCGGCAGAAGUUUUCCCUCUAUCCCACCGAGAACUCGGUAUGGCUUGGAGCGUCGUCAUCAACGCCGUCGGGGCUUCCAUCCUGGGGCUGACGUUUCCUUACAUGCUGUCUGCGCUGACUCCGACGGGUGCUUUCGGCUUCUACUGUGGCUUAAACAUGUUGGCUCUGUUUGUGAUCUUUGGCUUCUUGCCUGAGACCAAGCAGCUGACGCUGGAAGAGUUGGAUGUAGUGUUUGCCGUCAGAAGCUGGACGUUUAUUCGGUAUCAAUUCACCGUUGUGAUUCCGUAUUGGUACAGGCGCUGGAUUCUGUGGCAGCGGGAGGUUGUGUUAGAGCCAAUUUCUCAUAGAUCCUCGUCACAGGAUAUGUAA